AUGUAUCUUUGGUGGAUUCAGGUUCAUGAUAAAAGGAAAACGUACGAAUUCUUUAGCUUCUUGAGGUCCUCUCAACUUCUCCACUGCCUGAUGGACUCUCCAGAGAGCUGUACCUCAGGAUGUGUCCUUUGGUAUAGAGCCAGGAAGACCAGGGUUGCUGGGUUAGUAAGGCUUUGGCAUACUGAAGCUUUGGUAUGUUUCAUCUCUGAAGAGGAAGCCCCUUGUGCCAGUCUUGUGUUGCCUAGUGACUUGUUUGCAGGAUUUUAUUUUAAGAGGCUUCUGUUUUGGAACUCCUAAUUGCAAUUUGCAGAAACUGCUAUCCAUCUUGAGAUGGAAGAACCAGUGUUUGAUAAAUUGACAUCUUUGUGCAAUACCCCAAAGGAUUCUGGGACAGCAGCUCCACAGAGGACUAGUUCAGGGAAACAGCCACUGAGUGCAGCUCUGAGGGAGCGAUUAAGGAAAACAAGACGUUCAUUUAAUGCUACUUUUACAGUGGCAAAGCGGCUAAAAAUAGACACUGAAGAAAAAGACUGUGCUGAUGCUGACAAAGGGUGCCUGCCAAAGACAAGUACAGAUUGUUCCAGAUUACAAGAUGGUUCUGAAAACCUGGAAAGAAAUGGCACUGGACAUACAUGUUUCCAAAGUCCCCUACCGGAAAAAGAUCUCUGUGGAUCAGCAGAGAAUUCUCAUGUGCUACAGGCUGAUCUUAGUCAGCAACAGUCCCUAGAAGAAAAAGUAAGGUUGGUGAAACAAGUGCAAGAGAAGGAAGAACUACUUCGAAGGCUCAAACUGGUUAAGAUGUACCGAUCUAAGAACAACCUGUCUGAACUGCAGGCUUUGAUAGUGAAAUGGAGAAGUAGUACCCAGCUGAUGCUAUAUGAACUACAGUCAGCCUUUUCUGCAGAUGGCAAGAAAGUGAGUCUCACUCAGCUGAUAGAUACUUUUGGAUUAGAAGACCAGUUAUUGCACUACAGCAGAACAGAAGAAGAUUUUGUAGAUGCAUAA